GCUGCGUCUCCCACGUGUCUGCCAGCAUCCCUGAUUGGACUUGGGGGGGCCCACAUGGUUCGAGGGAUGUUGGGAAACUCUUCCAGCAGACAGCAUCGCACUUCACUUUCUACAGAUCGAUCCACAUCUCUAUCCUUCACAAGCAGGGAAGACGUCACAUUUGUUUCUCAGCAGAAUAAGGUAUACAAAGCAACAGUGCUCUGUUUCUUUCGGGGAGGACAGGGUAUAAUGGCGGCGGCCGGUGUUAUGACCAAGCUGCGUUCCUGAUCUGACUCUGCUAUCACCUUUCAUCAGCUGUUCUCCACGAACUGGGACACAUUUCACCCGAUCCACCAAUGUUUUCUUCCUAAACAGCACCGCUCCCUUAUCACAUGGAUAAACAGCCCACGGUGGUGUUUCGAAAUGUGGGACAGCUGUACUUCCCCCAAUCCAGAGUUGAGUGCCACUACAGUCUUACCUCUGACCACCAGUGGAGCAGCGGGGACUGGAUAGGGAUUUUUGAGAUGGACUGUUCGUCAGUGAAACAGUACCACACGUACACGUGGGCUGUUGUUCCUGAAGGCUACACGAGGGGUUCAGGCGUCAACUGCUGUGCACUUUUUCAGGCGUCGUACCUGCCCCGCCCCAGCGGUGUGGAGUAUCAGUUUGUAUACGUGGAUUCGAGGGGAGAGGUGUGUGCCCGAAGUCGCUCCUUCACCUUCCGCUCUCCCAAGCCGCUGGAGGAGCUGGAGACCCUGAGAGAAGAGCAAGAUGAGGAGGAUGGAGAGGAGGAGCUGCAGAUAGUCAUCCCCAGGGCUCAGCUGUUGCAGAGUCAGCUGGAGGAGUGCUUAAAAAAACAAGCCAAUCUCCUGCAGGCUCUGGAUGAGGCAAAAGAGGAGAAAGAGAACGAGAAAAAGAACAGCAACAAAGCAAGGGAGGAGUGGGAGAGUCACAGAGAAGCGAUGAAGGAGGAGCUCUCACAGCUCACAGACAACAUGAGACUCAACUGUGAGAUGUUGAAGAAGAUGGAGGGAAAACACAAUGUAGAGGGAGGUCCUGCUUCCAGAUGUCUUGGGAAUGUGAAAUAUAGUCAAGAAAACCUGACGUUUGAACUGAGCAAACUGAUGGCUGAAAAAGCUGAGAGCCAGCAGCGAGUCAGAGACCUGGAGGAGAACAUCAAGGUCCUGAACGACAGGAAGAGAGAGGAACACAGCGACCUGGAAAGGCUGAAGGAGAGAGUGAAGAAAAUGUCCAUUCAAAUGAACCAUGAUGAGGAAAAGAGAAAGUGUCUGCAGGUGGAGAACCAGUCCGCCCUGGCGGAGGUCCGGGGGCUGCAGGAGCGCCUGGAGGCCAGUGAGCAUGCAGCCGAGGGCCUGCGCAGGGAGCUGAGAGAGCUGGGCACCCGCCACGGCCAGACCAGCACUGAGCUGCAUCAGGCCCGGCUGCAAGCGGCCCAGCUCACCCUGCUGCUGUCUGAGGAGAACCUGGUCCUCAGGGAGGAGCGUGCCACCUGGGCUCUGGAGAGGGAGGCUUACAAACAUGCAGCAGAAAGGGAUUCCAAGAAAUUACAAGAACUGAGCUGUGAGGUGCAGAAGAAGGAGGAGUGGCUCCAGGAGGAGAGGAUGGAGAGGGAGAAACUAGAAGUUGAGCUCGGGCAAGAGAGAGAUUGCAAUCGAGUGCUGCUAAGGGACGCUAGGCAGGAGCUGCAGGAGCUGAAGGCCAGCGUGAGGACGGCCCAGAAAGAGAGCGAGGAGCAGCAGGUGGACAAACAGGCGAGGGUUCCCAACCAGAGUACAUCCAUCUAUUCUAUAGCAAUCCGCAAGAUGUUUCCUAAUAAGAUUACUACCCAUCAGGAGCCGAUGAACUACACCCGGCAGUUCAACGGUGGAAUUCCUGCAUUCAUCUCUUCCGGCUCUUCCUCUGAGGACGACACGGAUGCUUCCUCAGCUUCCUCAGCUUCCUCGAGAUCAACGGGUUCGCCUCUUUUCCGGUCCACUCAGUCGGAUCAACCCAACAGAGCCGAGCUCCUUGCUGCAGAGACACACACCCGGAGACAAGAGGACGCAGCGGCCUCUGACUCACAGCGCUGUGGGCCCCCGGCUGGAGGAGGGAAGCUGCCGAUGCUUCCAGAACCUGUCGACCCCGUCCUGAGUGAGCCGGCCGACUCCCCCAUGUGGUAAACAAAAAGGAAGAUGGACGGCAACCCUGCAAUCUUCAAGGUUAAUCUAUUGUUGUUUAGUAGGGUCCUAUUUAUAGUGUGGAGCUUUUGACUCGUCAGUGUUUGUAAGUGUCCUCAAUUGUGUUUAUUACUGCUAAUGCUUAAGGAUUAAUGAAACUUUCUUUUAGAUUUUCGUAGGCAGAUACCAGAUUUUUUAAAAUAUUUUUAGCUAAUUAAAAUGUGGAUAUGUUGUUUUGAGAAAAGCUUGGAUUUAAUAGCCUACAACUUGUUUUGGUGGCACAUCAGCCCAUAACCUCUGCAUGUGAGUGUGAAUCCUGAGGCCUCGUCAUGUGUGGGUGUCUUACAUACAAGUGUGAAAUGUAUACUGCUGGCUGGGGGAAAAUCAAUGUUGAUUUACGAUACUUUUAUUAUUUGAUCUGGGCACGAGGCUCCUUAAUGAAAUAUGAUGUGGAAUAUGUGUUGACGGCUGUCUUUUUUUAGCACAUUUCCAACGUGAGACUUUCCUUGUAAAGGUGCAAAGUGAAAGCAAGAACACAACAUCUGGAUGCUAAAAGGUCUC